AUGCCUGCCUCAGACGUCUCCGUCCUUGUCAAUGGCGCUUCGGCGACAAGAACAAUGGCGAAUACAGCGUACCAAGCCGCACAGUGUCAGUCCCGUGUCACUGAAUUUGUUGAGACGGAUCCCAGCUUGUACCGAAGACUCAGCCAGAGCGUGCCGAACGGGACCGGAGAACACGAAGCUCGUGCGCGCGAUGCCAUGAGAAAAGUCGAUACGAAACUUCAGCAAGGAGCAAAAUGA